AUGGCUCGCUUACGACAAGGCACUCGCUUCUUGGGCCUCAUCAUCGGGGUCGCUCUAUGCGUACUCAACUCUUCGUUAUUUGUUCAGCCCAGUACGCAAGCUUCAACAGCAGCCAACGCUGCGUUGGUUGGGUCUGUCCGAGCCGCAGUCGGUCUGGGCCUUAUCAUGUUUACUCGGGCCGUUGGCCGGAAGGCACUACCCGAGAGAUAUCAGCUGAUGGACGCCGGUACUGGCGAGCACAGAUCGUUUUGGCAUGAUAUACCCCUCCGUGGAAGCGAAGGGAAGUUCAUGUUUGUGACGGAGAUACCGCGAGGAAUGCUCGCUCGGUACGAGCUGGAGCCGGACACGUCAGAUAUUGCCAAUGAUCCUCGUGGGACCACGGCGUUGAAGAAGUUGGGAGAAGGACCAUGCUUCAAUUACGGAUUUCUACCACAGACGUGGUCGGAUCCCAUAGACUGGCAUGACAAAAUCACUGGCCUCAAGGGUGAUGGCGAUCCACUCGACCUCAUAGAGAUUUCGGGUAAACAUUUCAGUCCGGGUGAGGUAGCUCAAGUACAAGUGCUCGGAGCCGUGUGCUUGAUUGACGAGGGAGCAGCGGAUUGGAAACUAAUCGGGACAGCGUGCUGCAAAGCUCUCACAGAUGAGGAAGUAGCACGAGAAAUGGAGAAGGUCAAGGCAUGGAUGGAUGGCUAUAAGGCGCUCUUCGCUAAGGAACCCACACAGUGGUAUCUCAACGGCAUGAUUUUCGAUCGCACAAUAGCGUUAGACUUGAUCGACCAGCAGAACAAGGUGUGGUUAAAGAAGAAGGGCUUGAAGGCCAGUAAAGCAACAUCGAAGAAUUACAAAGUCGUGACGAAAUAA